UGUUGUACUGCAUAAAGUGGUUGGUGAUCUACACAAUACUGAAAUGGAGGAGAUUCUCAACAAAUCACAGAGAGUUAGGUGUACCAAUUUUCGCAUCCAAGAAAGAAGAGUACUUGGUGAACCCCAGGAUAUGGAGCAGAGAAAAGACUGUUGUAUCUGGUACUGUUGAACCAGACACCGUAGUAGUGAACACUGAGAACUCUCGUCUAAUGGUUGAAUCCGUGGUGAAGGGCACUAAAAGUUCCAGAAUUGCUGUCUCAGAGACUGGGGGAGUGCAAGAGGAGGCCUCCACGGAAGAUAUGUCACAGUCGGACUGUCUGUCCGAAGCUGAGAUCGUAGCUCUUGCCAGAGUUGGACUAACACUAGAGCAACUGUUUGGUUGGCCCAGAGAUAUGGAGACUACCCACAAGGGGGUGAUAUAUUUGCUACAAUGUAGGCCUGUGACUUCACUGCUCACUUGGUCUCAGGACGAGUUGAUGCAUGAACUGGACUCUGCUAUCCUACCCAAUGAUGCCACUACCACUGCCAACACUGGAGAGGUUCUGCCUAGAGAAACUAGUCACUCUGUCAGUCUAGCAAUCUGCGCUGUGUAUAGAGGGGUAUAUCAUCCUCUAUGGUACAAUAACAGCAGAAUAUCCACUUCCCACCAACAUGUGCUACUCAACAUUUACAAUACUAUUUUGAAAUUGGCGGAGCAAAAGCCAACAAGAUAUCUACUGCGAACUACAACAUGAGGCAGCUUCUCGAGCUACUCCUCUCACCACCACCCAGAACCUGCAGACUGCUGCAUUCUUCAUUGUACAAAUUAUUGUGAGCAGAUUAAGGACCAAGGCUCAACAGAUCGGAGAAACAUUCAGAAUUAAUUACGACACAUUUACAUCACCAUCUGCCUUAUAUGCCUAUGCCUACCUAACUGCAAGAUACAACAGUCUUAGAGGCAGUGCUGGUCGCUACGAGUUUCUACUGGUGUAGCCACGUCGGCCUACACACCCAGGUGGUAAUCCUGUCAACUUGGGCUGUCGUUGGUGUUUUUUUAUUCUUCGUUGCCGACAGCGAUAUCACCGAUUCCAGGACUCAUCCCACAAAGAAAGACACUCAGUCGAAACAGUAACACCAUUCGCACAAGGGAUGGUAUUUUAUCUGUCCUGUAAGUGGUUUGGAUGGUAAUAAGUUAGAGUGUAUACCAUCAUAUCCAGCUCCACUCUGAGAGUUUGGAUGGUUUAGAAGGUCAAAGAGGGUCCCGCUGAUGUUGUCACGGAUAAUUUGUUAGAGACAGGAGAUGAAGAUACAUUCACACAUAUGUAACAACCGCUCAUGAAGGAAUAAAAUCAUUGAAAUAUA